UACUUUAAGUAUACUAGUAGUACACCUGAAUACAUUCUUUUUCGUAAGGGUAGAAACAGUGGAGACGAUUAACGCCAGAGAAACUGCUACACAGAAGGCGUCAGAGAAUAUGUUUGACAAUGUUACAAAGAAAUUAAAACCAGGAUUAUUCAUAGCUGUACCAGGAGAACUGCGUGGUUAUGAGCUGGCACACAAAAGAAGCGGGAAACUCGAUUGGAGAGAGUUGUUUCAGCCCAGUAUAAAGCUGGCACACAAUGGUUUUAAGAUUGGGAAGGCCUUGGCCAAAGCAAUUAAAGAGAAUGAGGAAACAAUUCUCAAUAAUGCAUCAUUGUGUGAAGUGUUUUGCAAAUCAAAGAACAAGAUCAAGGAGGAAAAUGAUGACAUAUCAUUUCCUAAACUGGCUGAGACCUAUAAGAAGAUAGCAGACGAAAGACCAAAUGCCUUUUACAAUGGGUCAUUAACUGAGAGUAUAGUAAAAGAUAUCACUAAAGCAGAAGGGAUAAUAAUGCGUGAGGACCUGAUGAAUUAUAAGGCAGAGCUGAAUGAGUAUGCAUUAAACUUCACUGUGGGGAAUUACACAUUUCAUGUUCCUGAUGCUCCAUUUGGUGGACCCGUGCUCGCUCUGAUUCUCAACAUACUCAAAGGUAAAAGGCCACUUUCGUCAAUGUGUCCCACAAUCAUUGUGGACAAACACAACGGAAAGGUCAAAAUGGUGGUCGGAGGUGAAGGUGGGACCAAUAUCACCACAUCAGUUGCUCAGGUGAUCCUGAACUAUCUGUUCUUUGGCUAUGACCUGCAGAAAGCUGUUGAAGAGCCCAGAGUUCAGAUCCCAAUAAAUGAGACAAAUGUAGAAGACUACUUUGUUGGGGUCCGCAGUCACACUCUUUUUGAGUCAUAGAAAGUAGGAGGGCAGCACGUCCAAAA